AUGCAAUUCAGAAGUCAAUUCAGGAGCCAAUCAAAAGGAACAUCCAAUCCAGAGGCCAACCCAGAGGCCAAUCCAGAGGCCAACCCAGAGGCCAAUCCAGAGGCCAACCCAGAGGCCAAUCCAGAGGCCAAUCCAGAGGCCAAUCCAAAAGUCAAUCCAGAGUUCAAUCCAGAGGCCAAUCCAGAUGCCAAUCUAGAUGCCAAUCCAGAGUCCAAUACAAAGACCAAUCCAGUGGUCAAUCCAGAGACUAAUUCAGGGCCAAUGCAGAGACCUAUCCAGAAGCCAAUCCAGAGUCCAAUUCAAAGACCAGUCCAGAAGCCAAUCCAAAGAAACAAUCCAGAGGCCAAUUCAGAAGCCAAUCCAGAGGCCAGACCAGAAGUCAAUCCAGAGGCCAGUCCAGAGUCCAAUCCAAAGAUCAAUCCAGAGGUAAAUCAAGAAGCCAAUCCAGAGGCCAAUUCAGAGACCAGUCCAGAGGCCAAUCCAGAGACCAACACCAAUCCAGAGGCCAACCCAGAGGUCAAUCCUGAUGCCAGUCCAGAGGCCAGUCCAGAGUCCAAUUCAGAAGCUAGUCCAGAGGCCAAUCCAGAGGCCAGUCCAGAGGCCAGUCCAGAGUCCAAUCCAAAGAUCAAUCCAGAGGUAAAUCCAGAAUCCAAUCCAGAGUCGAAUUCAGAGACCAGUCCAGAGGCCAUUUCAGAGACCAGUCCAGAGGCCAAUCCUGAGGCUAAUCCAGAGACCAAUCCAGAGACCAAUCCAGACACCAAUCCAGACACCAAUCCAGAGGCCAAUCCAGAGACCAAUCCAGAGGACAAUCCAGAGGACAAUCCAGAGGCCAAUCCAUAG